AAGAGUUGCAUAUUCAUACAGUAGUUUCAUACUUGCAUGUAAAAAGAUCACUAAGAUGCAGCUAAUUACCAAGGUCUUACAAAUGACUUGGUUAACCCUGAGAAGUCGGACACCAUUAAUUCUUUGUCAAUCAACAUCAAAUUAAAACUAAUAAAAUCAUGAAAACUGGUCCAACUAAUUGUUAAUUCAGUUUUUGAUUCUAUAUAAACCCUGCCCUCAAACAAAUUUAAAACCAUCCAAAAUUCCCACCUUACGAGUCAUAGUAGUACUAUUGCCUCUAAGGUUGGAAUCAUGGCGAGGAAUUCACAAGCAAUUUUGUUGGCUCUUUUUGUCUGUUUGAUUGGAUUUGAUCAUCAACACUCUCUGGUUGUUGAAGCCAACUUCUGGGAUACCACCUUUAUCAACUGGGGAGCUCAUCACGCCAGUGUUUACAACAAUGGUGACGAUAUGCAACUUGUUUUAGAUAAAAGUGCAGGAUCAGGAAUUGAAAGCAAGAAAGAGUACCUUUUUGGUAGUGUUGAAAUGCAAAUCAAACUAGUAUCCGGGAAUUCUGCAGGAACCGUCACCGCUUACUAUCUAUCUUCCAAGGGUGACAAGCACGACGAAAUUGAUUUCGAGUUCUUAGGUAAUGUAUCAGGAAAACCUUAUAUCAUGCAUACAAAUGUCUUUGCUGAAGGAGUUGGAAACAAAGAACAGCAAUUCUACCCUUGGUUCGAUCCUACCACAGACUUCCACAAUUACACCAUUCACUGGAACCCAAGCGAGAUUGUGUGGUUCAUCGACAGUAUUCCAAUCCGUGUGUUCCGUAACUACGAAUUCUUGGGAAUUAAAUAUCCAAACAAGCAGGGUAUGAAGGCUUACAGCAGUUUAUGGAAUGCUGAUGACUGGGCAACUAGAGGUGGGCUUGACAAAAUAGAUUGGAAUAAGGCACCCUUCUCCGCAAGAUUGCGAAAGUUCUCACCAAGGGCUUGCACUUGGUUUGGACAAGGCAGCAUCAGCUACUGUAACUCAAAAGAUAAGUGGUAUACAUCUUCUGAAUAUAGCAGCCUGAAUGAGGCUCAGAAAGGUCAGAUGAAAUGGGUUAGAGACAAGUAUAUGAUCUAUGACUACUGCAAGGAUGGUAAAAGGUUCAAUUGGAACAUGCCCCGCGAGUGUUCUUUGCAACAGUCUUAAAACCGGCAUCUUGAAUUCCUAAAUACAACGCAGAUGUCUGGUCUAUAUUUUUAUGCGAAGAAUAAACAUAUGGGGUCAACAAUUUUUACAUUACAUUUUUUCAUUAUUGUUUUAACCGUUUUUUCACAAGCAUCCUAUAAAAUUCUUGUAUUAUGGGAGUGAAAAUCACGUAUUUUACUUUGUUUUCACAAGCAUUCUUCCACAUUGCUGCAUUGCGGCAGGGAAUACUAUACCACUUACUAUUUUUUA